AUGACUCGUUACGCUUCUGAUCCUGAGAAUCCAACCAAGUCUUGUAAAGCACGAGGUUCUAACCUCCGUGUGCACUUCAAGAACACACACGAGACGGCUGUGGCCAUCAAGGGCAUGCACAUACGUAAGGCAAACAGAUAUCUCAAAGAUGUUAUUGCCAAAAAGCAGAUCAUUCCCUUCCGAAGAUUCAAUGGUGGCGUGGGACGCAAAGCUCAGGUAUGUAUGACAUGUCACCCAUAAUACUGGAAUACUUGCCAUUCGCAUGUGCCAUGUGAUUUCUUGGACAAACAUAUCAUGGUAUAACUGCUUGGUAUACUGUAGAACUUAGAGUCCACUAUUCUUGUAACACUCUCAUUAGAAGCUUCCACUCAACCCCUAAGCUUACUGUGGUCUCUUACUAUGGGCUUAUUAUGGCCUUGGUUGUGAUGUUUCAUCCAAUAUGUGGUUAAUAGAUGAGCUCUGUACUUGCUGAUAGCCAAUCAGUUAUCAAAAAAUGGCUGGCUCAUGCUUACCCAUUGAUUGGUUAACGAUCAACUGUCAGCUAAUGUCUUGAUGUUCUGAUAUAUCAAUCUACUAUUGGUAGAAGUAAUAACUAACUUAUCAACCAAGGAAAUCCAUAUCAUGCAUGACCCUUUCUAUUGGCCUUGUCUUAUGUAAAUGAACAGUUGGAUAAUGGCUCUUUAAGAAGUGGUGACUUUUUGUGAUAAAAAUAAAAAUUUUUUAUACAUAAUGACCAUUUAUAAGGAACUUAUACCAGAGGGGCUGCUGCUCAAUGUCCCAAGUUUCAGUUUAGAACUGCUUUAUGAAAAGGAAACUGAUAUCUCGGACUACAUAAGCCCAGAUCACUGGACUGUCUUCAAGCCUUAGGCUCCAUGAAUUGAUUAGAGUGUAACCUCUCCUCACAAUUUGUGAACUGGUAUUGGGAAUAGAAAAAACUUAUCAGCAAGGGAUUGUCUAAUUUACAUGGAAAUGUAUGCUAGUAGUGAUGGAGAAUUUCUAACUAGAUCUAAGGAGAGGUAGUGACUGAGAAACUCAAUGUGAAUUAAUUAUGUACAUUUUCAGGCCAAGAACUUGAAGUCUCCAGGAUCCCAGGGCCGGUGGCCAAAGAAGAGUGCAGAGAUCCUGCUUCAGCUCCUCAAAAAUGCUGAGAGCAAUGCUGAGUUUAAAGUGAGUUUUUGGUUAUUUGAUGCCUCGCUGUGAAAUAAGAAAACGUAAAGUUUUUUAGAUGUUUCUUUGUCAAAGGCAUGUUCCUGUUGUUGGUGGACAAUCACCAGCUGAUUAUAUAAAAUCACAUUGGAAAAAUUAAAAAUUUUUACAUUUCUAGAGGGCUGGCUUUCGCAAAAACCAUCAACAAGAUGUUUGAGUUAUUAAUCAGGAAUUCCAUUGCCUAAGCCAACUUUCAGUGGUAUUAGUGACCAGCUAAUGGAGAUUUUUAGCCCUGCAUCUCUAUAAUUAAGUGAUUCAACUUUAAUAAGUAAUCAGUAUAAUAAUCUCCCUUAAUUGACCUCCAUGUUUGUUUUUGUAUCAAGGGACUGGAUGUAGACUCGUUGGUGGUUGAGCACAUACAAGUCAAUGCUGCUCCCAAGAUGAGGAGGAGAACCUACAGAGCCCAUGGACGUAUCAAUCGUAAGUCAAAGUUGUUUCAUAUCCAGUUUUAACCUUUAACUCCCAUAAGUGACCAAGACAGAAUUUCUCCUAAUGAUAUCAAUACACUAUCAAGCAGACAAGUGAUGAAAACUAGGAAGAAUAUCAUUUGGAGGAUUAUUAGUUGAUCCAAUACCAAAUUCUCAAAACUAAUAUCACAAGAACUGUAUGGCAUACAGUAAGUAGAAUUACUAAUGAGAUCUUGGGAGUUAAAGGGUGAAAGCCUAGGAGUUUGUGGUUUGUUCUUUUUUUUUUUUUUUUUUUUCUGUACAAACCACUCACUGAGUAAAUAACAUAUAUGUAUCCCAUUUGAUUGGAGUAGUAACACUUUUUCCUUUGGAAAUAACACCUUCACUCCUAAGAUCUCAUGAUUGAUUCUCCUUACUACAUGCUAUACAUUUCUUAUGAUGCUGGUUUUGGAGAAUUUGUAGCCUCAUUACAAGUGCUUCAGUGCAAAUUUUUCAAUGCCCACUGGAAAGUAUGAGGCCUUGAGCAAUGCAAGCUGGUGAAAGGUCUGCAAGGGGUCUGGGACUGAUAAUGAUUAUUAGUGCCAGACUCCUGGUGCUUGUUUCUCCAAAUUGCGGGUAACUUAACGAAGCUGUAUUUUAAAAUCAAAAUCUUAAGAAUGGAGAAGCCAGUUCUGGCACCCUUAACAGUCCAUCGUGUUUUUCUAGCUGAUAUUUUUAUUGAAUAAUUUUUAAAACUUUUGACACUCCUAUCUUGAAUAAAAACAGAUUAGCUCUACAGGCCCUACAAAAUUACUAAGACAUUCGAGAAACUGGCCCCCUGGUAAACUUCUCUUCAACUGGUCUUAGCAGAGAAAUGCAUGUUUCUUCAGCACUGAUAACAAGGGACUGCUAGCCAUUAUUUUAUAUUUCUUUAUUCUCACUGCUUGUCUGCUUGAUAUGUAUAGAUAUUGUAAGGAGAAAUUCUGCUAUGGUCAUUCAUGGAAGUUCAAGGAAGACGCUAUGGUAGUAACUAGCUUGUAAUGCUUAAACUAACUCAACCUUGUGUUUUGCAGCCUACAUGAGCUCCCCAUGCCACAUAGAGAUGAUCCUUGCUGAACGCGAGCAAGUUGUUCCUCGUGGUGAGGAUGAGGUAGAGGUAAAGAAGGUAUCCAAGAAGAAGAUGGCACGAGAAAAGAUGAAAUCCAGGGAGUAA